ACGAGAUUAGGAAUAUAGGACUCUGCCCGAACAUGUCUCGGAAAGACGAGGUUUUUUUGACAACACCGCCUAAGAAAUUGCGUUUUCGCGGGGAUCUAGGUUUGCAGCACAUCGACGGGCGUGUUGAAGACAUAUUUGAGGAACCUCUGGAUCGAAGGCGAACCAAGAAUGGCGAUGUUUUGAACGAAGACAUUGAAAGUCGUAGGAAAGAGUCGCCGUCACUCACGGACUUUCUCAAAAUUGAACUGACCAGGGGCUACAUUUUGGAACAUGAUGAGGAACGUUAUUCGGCUCGACGUCAAAAGAUUUACUCAUUUAUGAAAAUACCACGAGAAGUAGAGAAAUUCAUGAGCUACGGUGUUAUUCAAUGUGUAGACUCAUUUUUAUACAUUCAUACUUUCCUACCGAUACGGUAUAUUCUUGCAAUAUGGGCUGUGAUUAGCCGACCAAUUGCGAGCUGCAUAGGAUUGCGUCGUCGAACUCAAAGACUGCUAACACCAGCAGAAAUAUGUGAUUUACUAAAAGGAUCCAUAUGGAUUUUGUGUAGUCUAAUCAUGCUCUCGAUCGAUACGAAUCGCGUCUAUCAUAUUAUAAAGACACAAUCAAUCAUCAAAUUAUAUAUUUUCUUCAACAUGUUAGAGGUUGGUGACAGGCUUCUAUCGGCCUUUGGCCAGGAUACGAUAGAUGCGUUAUUCUGGACGGCUACUGAGUCUAGAAAUAAAAAACGUGAACAUUUGGGCAUAAUUCCACAUAUUUGUUUUGCGUUAAUUUAUGUGCUAUUGCAUAGUUUCCUGAUAAUGUUUCAAGCGACAACUCUCAACGUAGCAUUGAACGCAAAUAAUAAAGCACUUCUUACCAUCAUGAUGUCAAAUAAUUUUGUGGAAUUGAAAGGGAGCGUUUUUAAAAAGUUCGACAAAAACAAUUUGUUUCAACUAACUUGCAGUGAUGUUCGCGAACGUUUUCAUUUGACUGUUUUACUUUUCAUCGUGCUUGUCCAAACCAUGAAGGAGUUCAAUUGGCGCUUGGAGCAGUUUUAUAUUCUAUUGCCGGAUUGCUGCUAUGUGCUGGUAACAGAGGUACUUAUAGAUUGGAUAAAACAUGCUUUUAUCACACGUUUCAAUGAGUUACCUGUGGAUGUGUAUCGGGAAUACACAAUAAGCUUGGCAUAUGAUAUGACUCAAACUCGUCAAAAGCAUGCAUUUUCUGACCACUCUGAUUUAGUGGCGCGUCGAAUGGGUUUUAUUCCCUUUCCUUUGGGUGUGGUGUUAAUUAAAGCCGUUUAUACAUCAGUGUCCUUCGAGAACGUAGCUGCUUUGUUGUUGUUUAUUCUUGUUUAUUUCACCCUGAUGGCGUGUCGCAUCUUGAAUACAAUUUGUGCUUUGGGCAAGGCUUGCGAUCUUAUGAAACAACAUCAAGAUGAAAAAAAUUCUACUCCGACAACAGUAAAUGGUUCUUCAACGUCCACAACAACAAAUUCUCUGAACACUCCGCCGUCGAGCAAAGGGCGGAAUACUUUCAACACAACAGACACUGCAACUUCCCCAAUGCAUGCUUUCCCUCUGCAGCGAUCCCAAACCGCCGACGGGGUAUCGGACUCGAAAAUCUUUACUGCCCCGAUGGGCAUGAAAGAAGAUAGUAACCUGCUCCAACCGGACACAUCGCUGAUCCUAGGUGCAACCGCACUCUUUUCUAACAGUGACGUCGAUCUUGAUGAUGUAUGCCUUAAUGAAAAAGUUCUGAAUAACAGUUCAAAAUUAAGUGAUGAAGUUUUCGAUGACGGUGACUAUCAGAUGACAAGGAGCGUUCCUGAUUUGCAGCAAGAAAGUAAAACCGAAAGCAGCAGCUCCGACAACCAGGUACAAUCCAACAGAACUCAUAAACGCUCGGAGUCAGAACCUUCUAUCCAAAGCAUUGUUGGUGAAAAGGAUCAGACAUCAUAGAUGGAAAGCACCCAACAUAGCGCUUCUAAAAGUCUGAAUAGUAAUGUAAAAUCGUAAAAUCGGAGUGUAUGGUAAUUUAAAGUUUCAUUUUAUUAGCUUUUAAUUUUUUUCUGUAAAUAAAAUAUAUCUAGCCAAAGCUAAUUUGUAAAUAGCUUUUCAUCAACAAGAUUAUACAUAUAUUUAUAUUUGUUACGCUUACACGGAUAAAGACAAAAUGAAGAGUAAAAUUGAUUUAACGGCAAAUAGUGAUGUCGGAAAUAUACUGAAAAUGCAUAUUACCACUUGUUAUAAACAAACAGUGCAUUAAAAAUCACUUUUUUAUCAUUCAAUAAAUUAUUUACCAAUUUUUAAAA